UACGUUCGACCGGGCAGUUCGUGAAACCGCGCUGGGCAGCAAACGCGCGUGAUAUAGAACAGUUACAGUUACAAGUCUCUUUUUUACAGGGGAUAUAUUUUUUGUAAGCACUGUGCAGGUGGGAAGGGAGAGCGUGCAGCUUUGCGUUUUUCAUACAAAUUGAGCACUUUUUAUGGCGACGUUGGACAAAACGUAUUUUUAAAGUUAAUGAAAACUGGAACGGUACCGUCUGUUUCUGUUUUAGUAUUGUUUGAGAAGAACGAGUUCUGACAGCGAUAAAGUUCAAGUCGUAGUGUAGAUCAUCAUGACGACGCCGUGUUGAGCGGGUCUAUCCAGGCUUCAGAUAUAGCAAUAACAAAAGUUACAACAAAAGAGCGGUCUGUGCUAUAUGUGGCGAAUAUAAUGCAAGUUCGAUGAUUCGUUCGAAGCAGCCACAGAUGUCCAAGAAUAGUUGUAGCCCCCGCUGGAGAAUAACAUCGUGAUCAAACCUUUGUGCAGUUGGUGUUGUGUAUUAGAGGGAAGCUAUUGAUCGAGUCUGUCUGCGCCCGCUGUGGAAUGGAUUGGAUUAGUGCACUUUUUGUCCAGCGGAUUGGGUAUUGAAGCUUGUGUCUUCUGGGUGUUCCACGGCGUUAUACAGCGCGAAAAACCUAUCCAUUGAAAUAGUGAGUGAGCAGAGCAUUUGAAGCGGAGUUUGUGUACAAGUGGAUGCAUGUGAUCUAUAGGAUUGGAACAACAAACAGCAACACUCCAACUGGUUUGUGACCGAGUGUUACCUUUUUUGGACUCAGAAGCAACAAUAACAAAAACCUACGAUCGUCGUCUCAGUAGUGGUUCGCGAUUUGUGAAUUAAUAUGCCUCGUGAGUCAAGGCUUGGAAACACGAGACCAAAAGUGGAGCUGCGGGUGAAUUGAAGUAUCGAGUGUGUAGUACAACUCGCGCAACAUAAUACAUGCAGUUGGCGCAAUAUCAAAAAGGUGAAGCGAAAAGUUCAAACGUGUUCACGACGGCACAGUUAGUGUGGCGUCCGUCCGGUCGACCUACGCCGUGGCUUGAAUGUGUUGCGGAUUGGCUUUGGCUACAGAAGUGCAGUAAAUACAUGCAGUAAACGAGUUUUCGGAAAACUGAUGAAUUUGUAGGGUGACUCCAGCUCCAGUGAAGGGCAGCAUCAGGCAACAGGAUCUGCAACAGACAGCUUUUUGCUGUUUUUAUAAGUGGGUUUCGUUCCGGCGGCCAGAUGAACAAGUUGUUCAGUUAGUUGGCAGUACGAAAAAGGCAAAAAGUUAUAAUGAUUGUAAAUUUUGGUGAAUAAAAUUAAAUCGACAGUUAAUUGUUCAAGAGUGAGGUUCACGUGAAAAAAAACCUGAAAACCAUUAGAAUACAAAGUGGAUAUAGGAGCCACGUGAAGUCGGUUAGAGAGUUAAUAUAUGCACAAACUAGCGUGAAUAGGAAAGCUCAGACGCGUAAAAAAGUGUAGAAAAUCAGCCGUAAACUAACGUAGCGCCAUCCGUGGUCAUUGGUCAUCAUUGGCAGACCACCGGAUCGAUAGAUUACGUCUUUCUCGCCAUUGCGGAGAAUUCUUUCCUGCGCUUGUGGAUUUUACUGCUCAAGACUAAGGUGCCAAUAUCGAGGAAGGAAGACAUCGACUUUAGCUCCGGAUGCCGCCGUCGUUGUCGCACAGCAAAAUCAUCUAACUAACGCCAUAACCUGUACAAGGCACGUACAUCCCAAAUCCCAAGUGAGAGACAGCGCCGCGCUGGAAGCAUUAAUGUGACGGAAAUUGCACGCCAUUGGAAAUCACGAGUAGCAGAAGUCAGUUUGGAGCACCAGGCAUCGUCGUCACGCUUAUGCUACCACAGACAGUAAGAACGCCGAGAAUCAAGCAGCCCUCCCCCCAGAGAGUGAAGCGCAUCUUGCGGUACUGACCCUGAGGUGAAAGUUAGCUGUCAUCCUUUGAACCGCCGAAAUACACGACCCGGAUGGAUUCGCUGAAAACCCGUGGCAAGUAUGCAGCACAACAACCCGGGAAAAAACAUCCGCGCCUCUUGGAAAGUAAACAGCACCAGCAGCCCCAGAAACCGCAACGACAGUAAAACGUGAAUGAUCUCCAACCGCAAAGCACGGAAUUUGGGCCUUGAAAGCUGAGCGGACCCUCUUGUAUCGUGUAGGAAUUGGAGACAUCUGGAACGAAGCAUAAAUUCCUCGUCACAAAGGAAAACAGACACUCCGGGUGGAAAAGCUUCUUGUCGUGCACGAUUGUUGUGGGUGUUGCUUCUUUGAUUUUUCCCAGUCGGUCGGUUUGUCUGUUCGCCUGUGCUGGACGGGCGUGGAGGUCGACAAAGCGAGGAAUAAUUAAUUCGCAAUGCCAACGACCACGGUGAAAAACGAGGCGAAUGAACAGCACAGCGACUGCGAUAAAGAGGAGGAAGAGCCCAAGGAUAUGAAAAAUGCGCAUCUCAUUAUCAACGAGCUGAGAAGUCGCUGCCGCAGCCAAUCGGAGCAGAUCAUGUCCUGGAAGAAGGCCUACGCACUGCAGCAAGAACAAAACCAUCGUCUGCAAAAAGAGAAGGCCGAACAACUCAACUACCUGACGAGCCAGUUGUUGCUACUGGAGUCGCGUAUCAUGCGUAAGCAGAAGCAAGUCUCGAAUGUUUUGUAUCAACGAGAGCUAACCAUCUACCGGCAGCAGAAAAUUAUCGAAACUCUUUCUAGUCGUCUAAUUGACCAUGGGAUUAUAGACGUAGUUCUGGAUCCCGUCAUCAGCUUGAACAGUAACAACAAUAGUAAUGACUUCGAUUCGUUGAAUGAUUCCGAUUCGGCCGUGGUUCUGGAAGACGUGGACUCGGACUGCAACAGUUCGAUCUACUUUGGUGGAGGCUCGCUUAAGUCACGAUGUAGCGGAAAUAAGAUCAAUAACGAUGUGACAAUCGUACGGUCGAUUUCAGACGCGAUCGAAACAACAAACCUGAAGUAUAAUAACACGAGGCGAUCGAAUUGCUUCCUUAGGCGACCUGAAGUACUGGAAACUGUUUAUAGCGUGGAGGAAGACCCAGAACCGCAAUGUAGCGGUGCCGCUGGUGGGGGGAAUAUUGGCGCCGGAGGCGGUUCCAAUAAUGCUGAUCCCGUAAGUGAACGAAGGGACAAAUUCAAGAAUCGAACGGAAAAAUGUGUUUCCUCCGAUCAGUCGGACGACUCCAAGGAUAACCAAAGUACAACUACGACAAAGAUCACCAGUACAACCAUGACGACGGUAAUUAUUACCAACAGCAGCUGCGAUGUAGAGGACACACCUCCGAGUAACGGCUGCAAGGUAGGGGCCGUGACCAAUUUCAACCGGGUCAUGUCCAAUCACAGAUCGGUAACUAAACCGAAGGACGUCAAAUAUAAACGAAUCAACAAGGCUAAAUCGAAAAGUUUAGAGGAAUUGAGAGGUCGCCUGAGGCACUGGGUCGAACGGGGAAGCUGCAAUAUGAACCUCAACCUGGACGGGAGUUUGGCUCAUCUGGAUCCAUGCCAGCUGCAGUUGCAACAGUCGCAGCAAAAUCUGGCGCAGAGCUAUGCGUGACCUGAGCCAAAACCCCAUGUGAGGGGUAGCAUUUAAUGAAUAUUUAGUUUAAGUAACGUCUCUUCAUCCUUGCAGCUAGUGAUACCCUUGUCUAAGUUGUGAUGACUCGUAGGUGCGAGAGACCAUUGUUUGGAUUGUGAUUUGAAUUAGAGGAGGCGUGAAACCCUCCGCUUUUCCAAACCUCAGAAGUUGGGGGUAUUCAUAGAGCUAAUCAAAGCAUUAGUGUCGAACCCUACUUAAAUUACUUUAAUUGUACAGCAGUGAUGUUCGAAAUGCUAUUUAUUCCUUUAUAAUUGUAUACAAUAAUUGAACACUUUGUGUGAGUAAUCGAAUCGAGAACAAUCAAAUUAUCAAAAUUGCUGACUGAGUCAGGUUACCUAAAUAAAUUCCACAAAAAUUGAAAUCAUAUUGAAAUGCACUGAAACCGUACACAAUCGGUAGAUUUUGAGACACAAAUCAAGCAUACAAAAAUAUCAGAAUUUAGCUUUUGUAUCAUGCUGGAAUUCCAAACCAUAAUUAGAAUUAUAUACAAACAUCAUCUGAAAAGAAAAUAUUUUCCUACGAACAAUAUUACGCCAAUACAAAGUAAAUGAUAGUGAAACGACUGCUUUUUAGAACGCAGCUUAAGUGAUCUUUCUUCCCAAAGUACGUUUCAAAGCAACAGAAGCGUAAACAACACAAAUUUAUUGAAACAAAAAGAAUCGUAAAUUUAGGAUCAGAUAAAAAUGGUUGAAAAGUGAAAAACUAUGAAUUGUUCUAUAUUGUCUACAAACAAAAUAGUUAUUACCAGAAGGCGUUGCACUACUACUAAUCACUACACCACAGGAAAGAGGCAAUCAAACGAGAAGUGUUCAGAAGAGGGAAAGGGCACCACACAAUGGCAACGGGUGGCAGCAGAGUUCUGUAAAUAAAAUUCAAUUCAGAAGUGUAAUUGAAGAAAACAAACGUAAGUCCGCGAUCCUCAAUCAAGCGAGGAAAAUAUUAUGAAAUUGAACCUAAAAACUGUAGUAGAUCGUAAGGUAUGCAAAGUGUGCUGAAGAAUGUGUUGUACGUAGGUAUAAGGAUUAUCAACUUUAUUGCCGCCACUUAGCGCACCCAACAGCCAGAGAUGCGACAAAACGAUAACCAUGAAGAUGUAACGUGUGUCUAUAAGUGAGGGAGAUUUUGUUCUGCUUAUAAUAAACUAAUUUUCUGUGUUCUGUGCAGGAAUACGUACUCGGAA